AUGAUCUUGCAGGAUUUCACCUCCCCGGAACUCAGCCACUUGCCUGUAAAUUUGUAUCAUUGCAGGUGGCCAGUGACCAGUGUGACCGGUGGCUUUCAUACUGGACACAUUCACUCCUUGGCUUCAGCCACCCAGACAUCCACUAGGAUCAUCUCUUCAUCCCUUGAAUCUACAGUUGAUGUUUCUUCUUCUCUGACCAUGUCAGAACAUUUCCAAAAUACCUCUUUACUUGGAACUGCAAAUUCUCUGCAGCUCUCUCUUCCUGUGGUGAGCAAUGCGGCUUCCCUAACAGGAAGCAUUUCCAACUUCCCCCGAGCCUCUGCUCCAGCUGUUAGCUCAGCAUGGCUACUGCCAUCAGCCUCUGGCACCUCUUUCCAGCCACUCACGGGCAGUGCCUACCUUUACCAACAUUCUACCACAUCUAUGUUGUCUGGGGUUAGUGGCCAGAGCCAUAGCUCUACUUCAGCUGCCUCUUACCCAGGCAUUUUUGAGUUGGACAUUACAGGAAGCACAGCAAAGAAGUCAUUCUCACUCAGGGACUUCACUGUGACUAUCAUUGACCAGAACACAACUGUCUCUUCCAUGUCUAUGACAGCCCAGCAUGAUAAAACUUCAGAUGCCAAUAUUAUAGUCCCUCUGUAUCCAACACAAUCUCAAAUUCCAAAUCAGCAGGGCCAUAGCCUGUCACUUUUCUACCAGAAAGGAAGCCAGGUUCACUACUAUAAUCCAGGCAGACUGGGGCCUCAACUAUCUGGAGAACUUGGCCCCUGGCUGCAAUCCUAUGGCUCUGCAUCAUAUACAGGAAAUAGGGCCUCUGCCCAUCAACCACAAAUGGUGAUGCUGCUAAAGGAGGUUCAGCCCACAAAAGUUCUACCACCAGUCUCCACUUCCGGGAUGCAUUACUCUGUGUCUGCUCAACCCAGCACAGUAACCAGUUUUGAAGUGAUGGAAACUUCCCUGGGGAUGGAUACUUCCCUGGGAUUGCAAUCUGCAAGCCAGACAUUGUGUCUGGCACAAACUCCAAGAUUCACCAAGUCCUCCAGUAGCAGAAAUACCAAGAUAUGUGAGAGUAAUCCAUCACCUGAGCUUGGGGACAUCUCAAUGAUAAUUCCAGUCCAGAGUCCAACCAGUCUCUUGUCUCCAGCUCCAAGCCAGGACAAAACCGAGAAUAAGGAUUUGGAUGAGAUUAAAACCAAGAUUUCAAACCCUCUAGAUGCCUACCAGUUCCCAGUAGAAAAUCAAGAUCCUCCACUUCUUCCUCUAGAAAUCCCUGAUAUUCACCAGCUCCUGACCUGCAUUGAUCCUCUUGGCCAAGAGGAGCAGCCUGGUUCCGAAAAUGCCAAUCUGGGAAAGAACAGCCUGAGUCUUGAGGGCCAAGGGAUACUUGAAAAUGGGUUUGAGUCUAGCAGUGAUCUUGCAGAUGUCACUACAUUGGUGGAGGAUACUCACCUCCCCUCGAUCAUCAGUUCCUUCCAAGAUCUUGACCAACCCAAAAGUCCCUACAUCUUCAGUUCCAUACAAGAUCUUGACCAACCCAAAAGUCCCUCCGCAAAGAAAGCCAAAGAUCCCAGCACCAUCAAGGUAAAUCAGGUGCAGGAAAAGCCAAGUGUCAUAAAGGGCCACUCUGGUCAAGUCAGGAAGAACAAGCAUAAAGCUGCCGAGCCUAUCCAGGGUGCUCCCAAGGCCAAAAUCCAGCCAAAGAACCCAGAGAGCCUAUUAGAGGGAGAAGUGGCUGUUUGCAGGGCUACCGCCAGUGACAGCGCUUCUGUUAGCAAGGGCAAGCGUUCUAGCAACAAACAUCACAAAGCCGCAUCCAGCAGAGGCAGCACAACUAAAAGGCAUGGGCAGGAGAAGACCAAAAGGAGCAGAGAGAACAGCUCCAAGAAAUCUGGAGACAGUAAGAAGUCAGGGACCAAAGUCAACGUAGAAGAGAAGCAAGCCAUUCCAAAUAGGAAGCGGAAGAAAAAUCAACCUGAGCUUAGCCAAGAGACCUUCAAAAAGCCACGAAGCUCCCUAGGCAUGCACAUGCCAGAGUCCGUGCAAGUUUUCCAUGCACUGGGGAAAAAGACUGACAAGAAAACUGGAUUAUCUUCCUCCUGGACUCUGGGGAGCUCAAGCAACACCCAGAACCCCCGGCCAUUCUCAGCUCUCAAACUAUUGCUGGAUACCCAACAUGAGGGGAAAGGCCUGGACAAAACUCAAGUCAAGGCCGAGAAACUAGAUGAUAAUGCUGAAAAACAGUGUCCAUCUCCAUCCCAGUAUGAGUUGCCACCACCUGGGAAGGUCAAGUUGGUACCGUUGCCCUUUCUGAUCCCAGACAAACCUCAAGCUCGACCUGUUUCUCGGCGGCCACACCCUCCGGCCACACGUAGGCCUGCGGUGGCUUGCCCUGCUCCACCUGGUUCUACUAACUCAGCUCAGUCAACUGCUGUCAGUCCCUCCCAACCAGCUCCUACCAACACAUCUUUGACAGGUCCGGCCAGACCAGCUCAGCCAAUUUCGACCAAUGCAACCAAACCCGGUUCAGCCAAUCCUAACCAGCCUCCUACUGCCUCUCAUUCUGCUGCUUCUAGGCCAGCACCCUACAAAACAUCACCUUGCUCUUCUCUCCAGCGGGAGCCUGUUUCCACUGCUGUGACCAAUCUCCAGUCACUGCCCAAGCCUCAAAAUCAGUUUCUAAUCCAAGACUUCAGCUUACAACCCAGGCCGUGGAGGACACCUGACAUUUCUGGGCCAGUAGUGUCAACGCCCAUCACAAAAGAGCAGAGGCCAGAAUGUGAGGCCAUGAAAAGGAAGGCUCAGCAAGAGCGUGAGAAUGCUGCCAAAUACACCUCUUUGGGAAAACCACAGUUCUUCACCUAACAGGAAAAAGAUACGGCAAUUUCUCAAUACUAUGGCUACAGAAUCUAAGAGCUGCUGAGACUGUUGGCUUUACUUUGGAAACCAGCUGGUUUUCCAGAUAUAUAGAUAGAUAACAAUUUAUUUAUUCUCAUAACAUACUUUUAAAACUUGAUAAAGAAGUGUAAUAGAAUUAAUAGAUGAGUAAUAAAGAGGCUUCUGAGCUUUGAGAUGC